CAUUCUGUAAACAGCAGAGUCCGUUCCUGUUAAGGGCAGUUUUAAUUUUCAUUGCACUGAAGGCAACUUGGCUUUUAAAGAUGGAAGAAGAAGUCAAUUAUUCCACGAUGGUUUUCAAAACUGGUGCUUCACCUCAAAAAGAAAAAAACAAGGACUCAACCAUUUAUUCUGAAGUUAAAACUAAAGUGCCUGCUGGUCCGUCUGCUGCACCUGAAAAAAACGAGGACCCAACCAUUUAUUCUGAAAUAAAAACUAAUGCACCUCCUGCUGCUCCUUCUGCUGCACCAGAAGCAGAAGGCAAAGCAGCUGCAUGCUCCCAUUUCCCUCUACUGCUGGUGUGUUUGGAGAUACUUUGUGUCCUCCUGCUGGCGGGCAUCAUCGCCAUCAUCUACAUGAGUUUGUUAAUGAACGUACAGGCAGCAAACCUCCGUGACCUCACAGCAGAAUAUCAGCGGUUGGCCGUGGAGAAGGAAAUCUCAGACAAUAAAACUGAGGAGCUGAGAAGAGAGAGAGACAAUCUCAACUGGACACUGGAAGUCAUCCUGAAAUUUGAUAACUUUCCAGUAAAUGAUUACUGUCCUAAUAAACAGUGCCAGCCAUGCCGCAGUGGCUGGAUCCCAUUUAAGGACAAGUGCUACCUGUUUUACAAUGAGCGCUCCCCCUGGAAAACUUGGGGAGAAAGCCGAAAGUAUUGCAAAGGCAAAAUUGCAGAUCUGGUUGUUAUUGACGAUCUCAAAGAGCAGGAAUUUCUCAGUAGUCACAUAACAUAUUACUACGAUAAAUACCACGGAUACUUUAUUGGGUUACAGAAGAUAGGAAAUAACUGGGUCUGGAUUGAUGGACACAAUGACACUCUGAGUUACUGGAUGAAUGAGAUGUCAGACAGUUCAGGCCCAUGUGUGCUGAUCAUCCCUGAGAAGAAUGCCACAAAAAGCUGGGUCGAAGCAAACUAUGUCUUUGAGAACAAAUUCAUCUGUGAGAUAGACGCCCUGCUUUUGUCCACUUAGUUAAGCUGCUGUUCUCUGUGUCCUCUCCCAUGUUGCCAUCCAUGCUCCAAAUACUGUCUGCAUUAUUUGUUUCUCAUCUUUAUAAUGGAGCAUGGAGAACUUGUAGUUUUUCAGCUGCUGCAACUAUUUAUGAAGACUUUAAGCAGACCAGUGUGUGUCACCAAAAGGCAGAAAUAAUGCAACACUGUACUUUUACACCGAGCAACAUUGCAUGUAUUUAUUACAUAAUUCAUGUUGCAAGUUCCAUCCUGUGUCAACCUCAACACUGUCUCCAUCUGUCUCUGAUGUAAAGUGACGGAGGUUAAAGGUUUGAAAGUUCAACUUUUUGGGUUUUGUUAAUCAUUUAAAAUAACAGCAUGAUGCAGAUGUUUUAAAGCCCUUGUUGAUGGAAAGAGUCACUGUACUCCAGAUGUUCAAGUCAUAUUUGUGUUUUUAACUUUUUGAUUCAUACAACAAGUUUUAGGAAGAAAUUUCAGAUACAGUAACACAUUAAGGAUUUUUCUGGGCCACCGUAACAGUGACAAAGUGUCGACUCAACAUUUUUUUUUAUAUUAAAAAAAAAAAUGCUCCUGACCCUUUUGUUAUUAUUAAUAGUGAAAUGAGGAUUGUGUUCAGCAUUUAAAUACCCACUGAGCUGUCAGUUUAAAGAAAUAUUUAAAUCACAACCAACACUGAGUUUGAAAGUCAGGAAAAUGAAGGUUGAACAUAUAUAUUUUAUUAUAUAUUUAAUUAAUAAAAUGAUUCAAAACAUCUUCCUCUUAAAUACGGUGGAAGUGCGUGCGACUCACCUCGUGGUGCUGAAAAACAUUUGAAAAACUCAGUAGUAAUAUCUCUUUUUAGAAAUCACGCCUGGUUACUUAAGGAAAAAAAAAUCCUUGUUUGGGGCAUUUUCCCGUAGAAACUAUUUUAUUUUCCAUCAUCUUUGCAAAAAAGCUUACAGCUAACAAACAUUACGGCUCAGGAAACAAGAAUCCCAGCAAAGUUUAUACCUGUCACAAGCGCGUGCGUCUUGUCCCAGGUACAUGCUGACACACCUGUCAGGUGACUAAAACUGCAAAUGAUCUAUGUAGAUGAAUAUUUUCUAAUUCCUACAAAAGAUACAACAAUUUUGUAUAUUUGUUUACUUUGUUGUUAAAAAUGUUUAUUUACACAAAGAUGAUUUUAAACAAUAAAAGAAUCAAAAGUACAAAAGUCUGCAGAGUCUGAUCAUUUAAUUUGCAUAUAAAACCAGCAUGUGUCACAAUACUCCACGGCCUACAGCAGUAUUGUAAAAA